UGCUCCGCCAGAGGCCGGCAGCCUGGAGCUGGAGGCAGAACCGGGGCUACCUGCCCACAGGGACCCCAGGCCCCACCCGUUCGCCCACCUCCUGCCCGCCACCCUGCCUUCCAGAUCAGGUCAAAGGGGACUACCCCCCAACCCUUCCUUGCCUUCUGCUUCCUCCUUCCUGUAUCUGUCUGGGUGGGUCUGGGGAGGAACGGAUCAUGGUGGGCCCAGGCACCACCAUUCCUGGAUGAGGCUCUGAAGCUGAUGGAAAAGGGAAGGGAAGGGGUAGGCUAGGCUCCUGCCCCAGCCAGACCCUGUUGAGGUCAACAUUACUGGCCUGCGGCCGCCUUUCCUAUGCAACCCUGGCUCACCUGCUCCCUGCUGCGCGUUUGUUUUGUUUUGUUUGGGGCAGGCUUCUCUUAGCAAGUAAAGACCUCGGGAGAGCCUGGACCCUGUCUCACCAGCACCCUCCCCCCCCCACAGGCCUGCCUCCACACUGUCUCCACCUCCUUCCCUCUGACCUUCGGGCUGUGGGAGCAGAGCACCCAGAGGUGGCUUCUGACCAGUAGCCCCUGGGGAGGCCUCUCCAGACCCUCACUCUGGGGCCACUAUGCACCAUUCCCAGCCUCCCUGAGGAGAUGGGCACAUGGGGCCCUGCUCACAAGGGGGGAUGAGAACCCUGGCCAGAUCCCAUGGGGUGUCCUGUGCAGGCACCUCUGGGGGCCAGGCCUGCUAUGAGGGGCAGAGGGCAUUUCUUACUGUAUGAGCAGAUACCCAGGUGGCUCUCGCUGCCAGACUCUGUUCUUCAUGUGGUGGGUGGUGGCUACCCCAGGGACUCCUGCUUCCCUUUCUAGGUUCCCACUCCCACCACAGGCAGAGACAAAAACCCCAGGCACGAUCCACACACCCUUGUGUCUGCUGUGGGUGUAGGCUCUGCCAUGCCCCUACCCUCUGCCAGGUAUCAUCAAGUACUUUAUACCAUCAUCUCAUCAGAACCUCCCUUAUGCCAACCUUCUCAACUGGGUAGUAUCACCCCAUUUUGCCGAUGAGAAAGUUGAGGAUCAGAAAGGUUAGUUGAUCCAACCGGGAAAGCAAUGGGAGGAUUCCAAAGCCCUAGGGCUUUUCCACUUGAAACUAACAUAGGGAGGGAGAUAGUCUAGGCUGGGCGGCUGGGAGUCUGGUUCUCUCGAGCCGGUAGCCAACGAAGCUGGGUCGUUGACACCCGCUCACCCACUGGCAGCUGCCCGUAGCCACACUCGCUGCUGUUCAUCAAAGGCACAUGGCCGGAUGUGUGUCCCUCCUAUAGCAUCCUUUGUCUUCCCCAGGCUCUCAACAGCCAGCUGGAACCCUUGAAUCCUUUCCCAUCCUGUUCCCUUUGGGUGUGACAAGCUUCCCUCGGGUUCCCCGCAGAAGGCUCAGAGGCAGCCAUUUUGCUGUGCUAUUGGUGUCAGAACCCUGCGGGGUCUCCUCCAGUGACCUUUACAUGUAGUGUGUGGUAUGCUGAAGAUAGAUGGCAGAGCACGAAUCGAGAAGACACUGCUGCUUAGAGCUGUGCUGCGGGGAAAGGCUGGGACACGCCUGAGGCCAAGUGGGGCUUCUCAGAGGACCCAGGAGAAGCCUCAGCAGAGAUAGGAAGUCUGGAAUCAGGCUAUUGCUGACCAGAGGACAGAGGUUUCUAUGGAGACCAGAGGAGCAGGAAGCAUGGGGCCUGGGGGGAGGAGGCAUUGGGAACAUAGAGGCAUGGGUGCUGUGCAGGACAACUUGUCAUAAAAUAUCAGCUCAGCCAGUCUCGUAGUCUCCUUGGACAAACAAGAUGACAGGCCCAUGUGGGGACGGCUUUGUACAUGGUCGCACGACAGUGGCCUGGCUAGCCUGCUUUGCUCCCCACUCAAAGUGACUGCACCGCCAGGCAGCUGAUGAGACUCCUGGACGGUUGGACUUGGGGCUCCCCGGCAGCAUGUGGGCUGGAGCCCUAUGGAAGCACCCGAAAGCCAUCACCAAGUCGGGCCUCCAGCACCUGGCACCCCCUCCUCCCACUCCCGGGGCCCUGUGCAGUGAGCCAGAGCGGCAGAUCCGGAGCACUGUGGACUGGAGUGAAUCCGCGACGUAUGGGGAACACAUCUGGUUCGAGACCAACGUGUCGGGGGACUUCUGCUAUGUUGGGGAGCAGUACUGUGUAGCUAAGAUGCUGCAGAAGUCAGUGUCCCGGAGAAAGUGUGCAGCCUGCAAGAUCGUGGUGCACACCCCCUGCAUCGAGCAGCUAGAGAAGAUAAAUUUCCGCUGUAAACCAUCCUUCCGUGAAUCAGGCUCCAGGAACAUCCGUGAGCCAACCUUCGUGCGGCACCACUGGGUACACAGACGACGUCAGGAUGGCAAGUGUCGGCACUGUGGGAAGGGCUUCCAGCAGAAGUUCACCUUCCACAGCAAGGAGAUUGUGGCCAUCAGUUGCUCCUGGUGCAAGCAAGCGUACCACAGCAAGGUGUCCUGCUUCAUGCUGCAGCAGAUAGAGGAGCCGUGCUCCCUGGGUGUCCACGCUGCUGUGGUCAUCCCGCCCACCUGGAUCCUCCGUGCCCGCAGGCCCCAGAAUACCCUCAAGGCAAGCAAGAAGAAAAAGAGAGCAUCCUUCAAGAGGAAAUCGAGCAAGAAAGGGCCAGAGGAGGGCCGCUGGAGACCCUUCAUCAUCAGGCCCACCCCGUCACCCCUCAUGAAGCCCCUGCUGGUGUUUGUGAACCCCAAGAGUGGAGGCAACCAGGGCGCUAAGAUCAUCCAGUCCUUCCUGUGGUAUCUCAACCCCCGCCAAGUCUUUGACCUGAGCCAGGGCGGGCCCAAGGAGGCGCUGGAGAUGUACCGCAAAGUGCACAACCUGCGGAUCCUGGCGUGUGGAGGUGAUGGCACGGUUGGCUGGAUCCUCUCCACUCUGGACCAGCUGCGCCUAAAGCCACCACCACCCGUCGCCAUCCUGCCCCUGGGCACUGGCAAUGACUUGGCCCGUACCCUCAACUGGGGUGGGGGUUACACGGAUGAGCCCGUGUCCAAGAUCCUGUCGCAUGUGGAGGAGGGGAAUGUGGUGCAGCUAGACCGCUGGGACCUCCGUGCUGAGCCCAAUCCUGAUGCGGGGCCUGAGGAGCGGGACGAGGGCGCCACUGACCGGCUGCCCCUGGAUGUCUUCAACAACUACUUCAGCCUGGGCUUUGAUGCCCACGUCACCCUGGAGUUUCAUGAGUCUCGAGAGGCCAACCCGGAGAAAUUCAACAGCCGCUUUCGGAAUAAGAUGUUCUAUGCCGGGACAGCCUUCUCCGACUUCCUGAUGGGCAGCUCCAAGGACUUGGCCAAGCACAUCCGAGUGGUGUGUGACGGAACUGACCUGACCCCCAAGAUUCAGGACCUGAAACCCCAGUGCAUUGUUUUCCUGAAUAUCCCCAGGUACUGCGCAGGCACCAUGCCCUGGGGCCACCCUGGGGAGCACCAUGACUUUGAGCCCCAGCGGCAUGAUGAUGGCUACCUCGAGGUCAUUGGCUUUACCAUGACGUCCCUGGCAGCACUGCAGGUGGGUGGGCACGGCGAGCGGUUGACGCAGUGCCGCGAGGUGGUGCUCACUACGUCCAAGGCCAUCCCGGUGCAGGUGGAUGGCGAGCCCUGCAAGCUCGCAGCCUCGCGCAUCCGCAUCGCCCUGCGCAACCAGGCCACCAUGGUGCAGAAGGCCAAGCGGCGGAGUGCCGCCCCCCUGCAUAGCGACCAGCAGCCCGUGCCUGAGCAGCUGCGGAUCCAGGUGAGCCGAGUCAGCAUGCACGACUACGAGGCCCUGCAUUACGACAAGGAGCAGCUCAAGGAGGCCUCUGUGCCACUGGGCACCGUGGUGGUCCCGGGAGACAGCGACCUAGAGCUCUGCCGUGCCCACAUCGAGAGGCUCCAGCAGCAGGAGCCCGAAGGUGCUGGAGCCAAGUCCCCCACCUGCCAGAAACUGUCCCCCAAGUGGUGCUUCCUAGAUGCCACCACUGCCAGCCGCUUCUACAGGAUCGACCGGGCCCAGGAACACCUCAACUACGUGACCGAGAUUGCACAGGACGAGAUUUAUAUCUUGGACCCAGAGCUGCUGGGGGCAUCUGCCCGGCCUGACCUCCCAACCCCCACUUCCCCUCUCCCCACCUCCCCCUGCUCACCCACGCUCCGGUCACUGCCAGGGGACGCGGUGCCCCCCAAAGGUGAAGAGCUGAUUGAGGCGGCCAAGAGGAACAACUUCUGUAAGCUCCAGGAGCUGCACCGAGCGGGGGGUGACCUCAUGCACCGGGACGAGCAGAGCCGCACGCUCCUGCACCACGCGGUCAGCACAGGCAGCAAGGAAGUGGUCCGCUACCUGCUGGACCACGCCCCCCCAGAGAUCCUUGAUGCUGUGGAGGAGAAUGGGGAGACGUGUCUGCACCAGGCGGCAGCCCUGGGCCAGCGCACCAUCUGCCACUACAUCGUGGAGGCUGGGGCCUCUCUCAUGAAGACAGACCAGCAGGGCGACACUCCCCGGCAGCGGGCCGAGAAGGCUCAGGACACGGAGCUGGCCGCCUACCUGGAGAACCGGCAGCACUACCAGAUGAUCCAGCGGGAGGACCAAGAGACGGCCGUGUAGCUGUGAGGCCAGCGCCGGGCAGCAGGAGGGACAGGGCCAGCCGGAGGAGGAGCCCCCUCAUCGCCCACUGCACUGCCACAUUCCAGUCGGACUGCCACGGGGGGACCCAGGCCCCAGGGAAGGAGCCCCGUGCUGCCCCCUGAGGAGCCGCCCGGGCCCAGGGCUGGGCUCUGAGGAGCUGGGGGACCUCACCUGCCCCCCUGAGGCCCCAGCCUGACCCAGGGCUGACAGGGGAACAGGAAACUGGACUGGGCCGGGCAGGCCUUUGGGGGCCUGGGGCUGGACAGCCCUCCCCCUCCUGCAGCGGGUGCCCUCCCUGGGGUUUAGGGGUGGGGGGGCGCAGCAGGGUUUGGGGCCCUAGUGGGGAGCCUUCGGGAAGAGGCUUCCUAAGCCAUCUGGUCCCUUAGGGCCCUGGCUCUGAGCGUGCUGGCAGCUUGGGCCCUCUCUCCUGCCCUGUCCCCACUCUUCCCGGGGCUUCCUCCCGGAACCACAGAGCCUGCUGCAUUUGCCUGCCCGCUGCCCUGCUUGGCGCCUACCCCGGUGACCCACCCCCUGCACCCCAGUCAUUUCAUCCCCGCUGACUGUGUGGCCUGGGGAUUGGAGUGGGGCUCUCAUGGUGACAUGUUUACAGCUGGGUGUGACUCAGUAAAGUGGAUUUUUUUCCUU